AUGCUGAACGAGUAUGAUGAAGACGAGUUGUAUGCACAGAUAGGAGGGAUACUUAUUACAGAACUUCUUCACUACAUCCUAAACGACAUUUCUCUAGGUAACAUCAACAUAGCGCGUAUCAUCAAGUCCUCUCCUCCCCAAAACUUUGGACAUCUUUUGAAAGAUGUUAUUGAGCAAAUUAUUGCCCAACAAAAAGCGGCCCUUGACAUCCUAGACGUGAAGAAUAUUCCUGAAGGGGUUGAAGGAAAAAUCUCUCAGGAGCUAGGAAGCUUGCUCUUAUCGAAGUUGAAGUUUGUUCCCCCGGAAGAAGAUACCGCUGUUGCAGACGCCUCGGAAGAGCAGAUUCGGUGUUUACUGGAGGAGCAUCUGAAAAAGAUAUUGGAGCGCAGUGUUGAGCAGAAGACAAGAGAAUCGGACGGGCGCACGGUCGAGAAAAUUAAGAGUAUAAAAAAUGCAUACGAAAAACUACCAUUCCAAUGA